AUGAGAUUAUUAGUUUUAUUCCUUUUAUUAACUCUAACUUUUUCAAAUUUAAUUAAUGCAGAUAAUUCAAAAUCAUCUUCAUUGGAAUCAUCAAAUGCACAUGAUUUAUCAUCUCCAUCACCCUUAAUUCAACCAAAACCUUCUGAAAAUCAAGCAGGUAUUCCAGCAUCUGGAAAACCAAUUGAUCCCAAAAAGGAAGUUGUAACUCUAUCAUCUUCUCCUUCAGUUUCACCAAGCUCUUCUCCAAGCUCAUCACCAUCAUCCUCACCAUCUGUCUCCCCAAGCUCUUCACCUUCAUCAUCACCAAGUUCUUCCCCAAGUUCUUCACCAAGUUCUUCUCCUUCAUCCUUACCAUCUUCUUCACCAUCAGUCCAACCAAGCUCUUCACCAAGUUCUUCACCUUCAUCUUCACCAUCAGCUCAACCAAGUUCCUCACCAUCUUCUUCACAAUCAGUCCAACCAAGCUCCUCCCCAAGCUCCUCACCAUCCACCACCCCAAGUUCACCAAGUGAAACUCAUUCAUCAUCAUCCCAUUCACAAGAUUCUUCAGCACCAAGAGGUGUAGGAAAAAUGGUAGUCCCAGCUGAUAACAAAGAAACUGGAUCAUCAUCAUCAAAUUCACAAGAUUCAUCUGCAUCAUCUUCUCAAGCUCCAUCAUCUUCAUCAUCUCAUGGUUCAUCUGAAUCUUCUGCUCAAGGAUCAUCAGAACAAAAUUCAUCAGAACAAAAUGGCUCUAAAAAAUUGGUAGUCCCAGCCAGUGAUAACAAAGAAGUUUCAUCAUCACAUGGUUCAUCUGCAUCAUCACAAGCACCAUCAUCUUCACAUAGUUCUUCAGAAUCUUCCCCAAAUACUGCUUCUUCACAUGAAUCUUCCCAUGAUGUAUCAUCCAAUAAUCCAUCUUCAGAAUCAUCAGAAAAUACUGCUUCUUUACAUGCCUCUUCUCAUGAUUCUUCUUCUCAUGCCUCUUCUCAUGAUGCUGCUUCUCACGCCUCUUCUCAUGAUGCUGCUUCUCAUGCCUCUGCUCAUGAUGCUUCUUCACAUGCCUCUUCUCAUGAUGCUGCUUCUCACGCCUCUUCUCAUGAUGCUUCUUCACAUGCCUCUUCUUCACAUGAUUCAAAAGCACCAAAUGGAAUUGGAAAAUUAGUAGUCCCAGCUGAUAACAAACAAACUGGCUCGCACUCAUCCAAUUCUCAAUCUGAAGAAAACUCAAAGGAUAAUUCAUCAAAUUCACAAGAUUCAUCAGCAUCAUCUUCUCAAGCACCAUCAUCUUCAAAUUCUCAUAGUUCAUCUGAACCAUCAACCAACAAAACCAUUGAAUCAAAUGAAGACAAGAAAUCUUCAUCAUCUCAAGCUGGUUCUCACACCUCCUCUUUAUCAGAAAAAUCACCAGCAUUUCACCAAUCUAGUUCCUCAUCCAAACAAUAG